AUGAAGAAAACAAAAAAACCCACAGAAGAAGAGGAAAAGAAAGAGAAACAUGUGGAACCAGCAAAGGCACCAAAGAAGGAACAUGCAGCUCCAAGUGAAAAACAAGUAAAAGCAAAGACUGAACCAGCCAAAGAUGAGGUUGGUACUGCCUCAACUAAGAAAGCUGUACCUGGAAAGAAGGAAGAGAAAACAACCAAGGCAGUGGAGCAAGAAAUUAGAAAAGAAAACUCUGGGAAGACUUCUUCAGUUCCAAAGGAUAAAGAGCCAAUCAAGGGGAAAGAAGUGAAGGUCCCAGCUUCCCUAAAGCAGAAAGAACCUGAAAUUAAAAACGAUGAAAAGACGUGCAAAGCAGGCAAAGAAGUCAAAUCUAAGCUUCCACAGCCACAAGGCAAAAAAGAAGAAAAGCCAGUUUUUCCUAUCACAGAAGAAAAAGUUGUCAAGCAGGUAAAAGAUGCUGCAAUUGAAAAAACAGUCUCCACAGUCAAGCCCAAACCAGCAAAAAAAGCUGAACAUCAAGAAAAAGAACUCCCAACUCUAAAAACAGACAAAUUGAAGCAAACUACAAAAGGAACAUCAGAAAUGACAGAAUCAGGGAAGAAAAAAAUUGAAAAGCCUGAAAAGGAAAUCAAAGGCAAAGCAGAAGUGAAACAUCUUAAAGAAGAAAAAGUCCCAACAGGAAAAGAAAGCCUACAGUCACACAAUGUGACAAAAGAAAAACCUUCAAGAGUAUCAAAAGAAGAUUCUAAAGACGCACCUGCUACAAAGAAAGCCAAAGAAGAAAUUAAAGAUGUGUCUUCCACAAAGAAGCAAACAACUCCCAUCAGCUUCUUCCAGUGUGUCUACUUGGAUGGAUACAAUGGCUAUGGAUUUCAGUUUCCUGUCACUCCUGCUCACCGCCCUGGUGAGAGCACCAGCAACCCAGGUUCUCCAGGACAGAAGCAACGAGGACAAUAGACACAUGUGCACAGCCCUUACAACUGCUUAAGAUUUUGGAAAUGGGUACUUCCGAUUUGCCUAUAGUAGUACAGACAAUUAAUAUGAUGUGAUCCAGGGAAUUUAUCUGAAAACAUUUUGUUCUUCUGCCUGGUGUAGAGAGAAUGGGUAGGCAAAGAGAUUGAAAGCAAAAUAGUAGAGUUGAAGGGUCUGAGGCUCAGAAUCUAUUAUUUGUGUUUGUUCCUUGGAGAUAGUGCUUAUAUUUCUCUAUUUCUGCUUACUGUAUGGUUGUACACAAUUUAAAGUUUCCUUAAUAAUGCUCUUUUAAUUGUUAUUGACACAUUCACAAAAUGAAAUCCCUGGUAUCAGAUGUUUAUUUUUAAAUAAUGACAUAGGUUGGGCUUUAGGUUUAAAGUGUACUCUAGCUUAUAUGGAAGUGGCUCUUUUGCACCAUUUUGGUAUCUUAAUUUGAAUUAUCCAAUAAUUAAUGUUUAAUUAGUUUAAUUUUACAUGUGCCAAUUUCUAUUUUAGUUGCAGCUGGGCUCUAAGAAUGAGUAACAGUUGUACCAAAGGUUAUUAUAAGUUCUCCAGGAUGCUCUUUUAGAGCUCAGAAUAUCUCUGAACUUUAGACAUGAUAAGAUAGAGAAGAAAAGCUUGAUGAAUCUUAUCUCUAAGAUUUGUCUUAAAUUUCAUUUAGGACUUUCAUUCCAAUGGAAAUACACCAUCCAAUUAGAUAUGUCUGGGCAAUCAUUUGUUUAAAAUAUAAGCAAAUGAAAUGCAUAAUUUUCAGAUGUGUCUAGAUAGCGACCUAAUGAAAAUGUCACCUGGGUGAAAUUUUAGAUAAGCCACUAACUUUAGGUGACAAGUGCAAACAUAUUUUCAUUUCAUUUCAAUAGUUUAUUACUGAGGAGUUAAAUGAGUUUUCUUUCUCAAAACGGAAAACCAAAAGUUAAUGUCAUCAAUGUUUAAGGAAACCAUUUUAACAUAACUGCCUUCAUGAAAUGUCUUACAUGUUUUUUAGAUAAUUGGUCAUCAGUGCCAAUGAAAUGGAUGACAACUUUUAACCUACUUGAAGAUGUGUCACUGGGGAUGACUAUGAUUGUUUUGUUAUCCUUUUACCUCCCCAGUGAUAACAGCACUCAAUUUCUUUACCACAUUUUUCUGUCCACUCUAAAAGUCAUGCCACUGUGACCUUUAUAAUGUUUACAGUUGAAACUUAACUUAGAACAAAUUAACUCAGGAAAUACAUUGAGUUAUCCUUGCUGCUGUUUAUACUUACCUUCAGCAAGGUCUGAUAUAGCCAGAGCUGCUACUAGCCAAAUGAUUUAUUUUUAAGGACUGCAACUAACCAUGGUUCUGAAGGUCCAACAUAUAGAACACUGUAUUACUAAAAAUCAUUAGGCCAGGGCAUCAGUGAUACAUUCAUUAUUAUUAAAGGAUUUUCAGUGACUUUUGUUGGUUUCAGGCCAGAUACCUGUGGACCUGAUUCAUGCCACAAAAGUCAAUAUUACUAUGAAUCAAGACUAAUAACGCUCUUUAUGGGGGGACCCGGUGAUAAGAAGAACUGUCUUGCAAGUUCUUUCAUUCAGCAAUGAACAUAUGUGGAUAGGAGACUGAACAAAGUUGAUUCCUCCAGCCUGUCCCACUGAAUGAGUAAAGGAAGAGAGAGCAAAUAUGAUGACUAUUUUAGUUUUCAUAGAAUAGAAUGGCUUACCCAUUCAUUUUUUUUUUCACUCAAUGACUAUUUUUGAGCAUUUACUCUUUCUAGGGCUCUGUGUUAAGCACUGGGCUCUAUAAGAAAAAAGCGAAGAGAUAAAUCCUAUUCCCACUGCUACCUUGACACAGUAUGUGACCAUUUAUUAAAAAUACUCUGAGUGUUUUCCUAUGAAUAAAAUAAGAAUUUCAAGAAAAGCAACCACAUACCUCAGAGAGGUGCAAUGGAGACUAUGAGAAAAUAUCUUAAGAUGGAUAUACCAUUGAACUCAGUUUUUAAAAUAGAACUUUUGGAUAUGGCACUAAGUUUCCCUGUGAGUGCUUUUCUAUAUUAUUUUUGAUUCUUCCUCUCUCAUUAUGAAAACUAUUUAAUAAAAAUAAAACAUCAUAUAAUUUAUUUUAUUAGAUUUUAAACAAAUCAAGUGUAAAAUAAACAAAAUAAAUAAUGAUUGUUAAAGUUUAUCUGAUUCAAG